UGGCAGUAACUUCCUUCGCGAGAUGCUGGACGUAACGGCUUUGCUGAUAGCGGUCUUUGUGAUCGCAGUCUCUGCGAGCAUCAUCUCCAGGAAACUGUUCUGGAGAGAGUUCGAGAAGCUUCCUGGUCUCGUACCUCUGCCCUUCAUUGGGUCUGCCUACGUAGCAUUCUUCGUUAAGCGUGAAGAUCGAGUGCGCAAAUUUGAUGAGUUGGCCGCAAAGCUCGGGCCAAUCUUCCGAGCGUGGGUUGGACCAUACCCAGUGGUAAUGAUCCAAAAACCGGAACACAUGGAGAAAGUAUUGUCCAGCAGCGAAUUAAUAGACAAGGCCGCAGUCUACUCCUUCCUGUACCCUUGGCUGGGGGAAGGUCUCCUUACUAGCACAGGUUCCAAAUGGCAUAUGCAUCGGAAAAUGAUUACACCUGCUUUCCACUUCCGCAUUUUAGACAACUUCGUCGAUAUAUUUGCAGAAAAUGGGAAGGUUCUAGUAGAGAAACUUAAACCUAAAGCUGAUGGGAAAACGUUUGACAUCUACCCAUUUAUUACAAGCUGUGCGUUGGACAUCAUAUGUGAAACAGCAAUGGGAACAUCAGUCAACGCUCAGCAUGAGACACAAUCAGCUUAUGUUAACGCCAUUUACAGGAUCAGCGCACUAACCAUAGAAAGAAUGCUUAAUCCAUGGUUGUACCCUGAGUUCAUCUUUAAAAGGAGCCAAACAGGAAAAGAGUUCUACAACCAGCUGCAUGUCUUACAUGGUUUUACAAAGAAGGUGAUAAGUGAAAGGAAAGCAGUCCGUAAAACGAAUGGAGGCCAAGUCAAGGAAGCACAGGAGGACGACGUAGGCAGUAAGCGGCGUGUUGCUUUCCUCGACAUGCUACUGGAAGCUUCUGAGGACGGCCAUAAGCUCAACGACCAGGAGCUGCAGGAGGAAGUGGACACCUUCAUGUUUGAGGGCCACGACACGACGUCUGUUGGCAUGUUGUGGGUUUUGGUACUGCUCGGACAUCACCCCGGUAUCCAGGAGAAAGUCUUCGCUGAGCUGGAUGAUAUAUUUCGAGACGAUCCCAACAGACGUCCAACUACACAUGAUCUGAACAACAUGAAGUACCUCGAGAUGGUCAUAAAAGAAGCUUUGAGGCUAUAUCCUAGUGUGCCUGGUAUCGGUCGCCGAGCGACGAAGGAAGUGGAAAUUGGUGGUUACAAAAUUCCUGAGGGUUGCACGAUAACCCUCAACAUCCGAAACACUCAUCGCGACCCCGACUACUGGCCGGACCCUGAUCGCUUCGACCCGGACAACUUCCUGCAGGAGAGGGUGCAGGGCAGGCACCCCUUCGCCUACGUGCCCUUCAGCGCGGGGCCCCGAAACUGCAUAGGCCAGAAGUUCGCCAUCCUGGAGGAGAAGGCGGUGCUGUCGUACGUGCUGCGAAACUUCCACGUGGAGACGGUGGACAGGCUGGAGGAUCUGAAACUGAAUGGCGAGUUUCUCCUGAGGCCAAUGAACGCCGUCAACUUCAGGCUGUGGCCGCGGUAGCGCAACGUCCGUUGUGGCGCUUCUAGCUGUCUCCUUGCACCUCCGGCGCUCUGCCGAGACGAGUGCGCGCCGCUCCUCUGCGGUACUUCUAACUUCACCGGCAUUUGCGUCUUCUGCCCCAUGGAGCUAAUACUCUUCGUGGGAGCGGCCGCGGUUGUGGGCCUGGCCGCACUGGCGCUGUACCGGAGGUGGACUUUCUGCAGGGCCGUCGACAAGAUUCCCGGCCCUCUGGCGUUCCCGCUGAUAGGGACUACGUACAUAGCGUUCCUCGUCGAAAGGCAAGACAGACUUCGUGUCUUCGCCAAGGUGACGAAACAAUACUGGCCGAUAUUCCGCGGCUGGAUGGGUCCGAGUGCCUCAAUAAACGUCAGUAAACCAGAGCAUGUCGAGAAAAUCCUGGCGAGCAGCGAGCUUAUCAGCAAGGCGGCCAAUUACCGCUUCCUGUUCCCCUGGCUCGGAGAAGGCCUGCUGACAAGUGCUGGUCAGAAGUGGUUCUCGCACCGAAAGAUGAUUACGCCAGCUUUUCACUUCAAGAUCCUAGAUAAUUUCGUGGACAUAUUUGGAGAGAAUUCGCAAAUACUGGUCGAGAAGUUGAAGAGCAAAUCGGACGGGCAUGCCUUUGACAUCUAUCCAUACAUUACGCGCUGUGCCCUGGAUAUCAUUUGUGAGACGGCCAUGGGAACAUCUGUCAACGCCCAGAAUGAAACUGGAUCAGAAUAUGUGUCAGCAGUGUACAACAUAAGCGCCCUCACCAUAAAAAGGAUAGUGCGACCAUGGAUUCACAGCGACUUCAUCUUUCGGAGAACUAGUACCGGGAGAGAAUACUACAAACACUUGGACGUUAUACACAGCUUCACGAAGAAGGUCAUUAAACAAAGGCAAUUAUCGCGGAAGAUGAAAGAGGGUGUGACCAAAGACGCACUCGUGGACGACAUUGGUCGAAAACGACGUUUGGCAUUCUUGGACCUCCUACUAGACGCUUCCGAGAAUGGACAGAAACUUAGUGACCAAGAAAUACAGGAAGAGGUCGAUACAUUCAUGUUUGAGGGCCAUGACACGACUUCAGUUGCCAUGUGUUGGGCUCUUCUUCUUCUGGGACACCAUCAGAACGUCCAGGGCAAAGUUUACUCAGAACUUCACGAUAUAUUCGGACAUGACAAAGAUCGCCUUCCAACGUUGCAAGAUCUUAACAGUAUGAAAUACCUCGAGAUGGUCAUCAAGGAGACGCUACGCCUAUAUCCCAGUGUGCCGUUUAUCGGGAGGAAGGUCACCAAAGAUAUCGAAAUAGGCGGCUACGCUGUACCGGAGGGCGCCAUGCUGAACCUGCACAUCUACCACGCACACCGCGACCCCGACCACUGGCCGGACCCGGACAGCUUCAACCCGGACAACUUCCUGCCGGAGAGGGUGCAGGGCAGGCACCCUUACGCCUACGUACCCUUCAGUGCCGGGCCUCGCAACUGUAUAGGGCAGCGGUUCGCCAUCCUUGAAGAGAAGACAGUGCUGUCGCAGAUCCUGCGCAACUACCACGUGCAAACCUUGGAUACCCCAGAGCACACCAAGGUCGCCAUAGAGCUCAUCCUGAAGCCUGUUGAAGGGAUAGUGGUACGCCUGACGCCGAGGUAGCAACGAGAGAAGCUGCUCGUAAUUACCUCCUUCUCGAGGCACACUUUUCAAAAGCCUUGAAUAAACAUUCUUAGUUCCUAUGACUUUGUAACACAGGCGUUACCACCACCUUAGCAGACACCGUGGUACUGCAUCGUGUAGUGCAUCCCUACGUAAACUGCAGAGGGCGUCUAUGCUCAACCGCUGGUCCUCCAGCCUUCACUUCACAUAUUAUGGAACUUCACUGAACUGUUCAGACCAUCAUGUUUCACACAACAUUCUUCUGAUGUCAGUAAGAGGUUUCUGUAGACGGCAGAAUGUUUCAUGGGCAGUUGCCGAACUGUAAUAUACGGUGGGUCUGCACCCCACCGACAGAACUUCGUAGGCUAUCGAGGACUCGUUACAUAGUAACAAUUUCAUUAUGAUUCAUCUUGUUUAUCAUUCCAGUUACCUUUAUUGCUACACAUAUAUUUUCAUGGCCGUAAAAAAUCCUGUAAUAUGGAAUGAACAAGAUAUACAGGGCGAUACACGUAAGACAUAACACCCCUUUUAUUGCUUGAACAGUUCCAGAUAUCGAAACGAUGUUUCCUGCAAAUGGUAGUACGCUAGCGGGCAGCCACUUCGGUAUGUGAUGAAAAGUCUUUAACUUUUGUAUCGAUCGAAAUACUGAAGCAAGUAUAUUUUCUUUAAUGGAAUCAUAUGCUUUUCAUAACAACAUUCAGCAGCUCUUGCAAAGACUAUUACAGUGAUAUAGCGCUUGUUAGUGUUGACGUUGUAACCUUUCGGAGAAGAAUCCUAGAAAUGUACAAAAACUGGAAAGCAAAUGCCGCCAGAGUCCGCCAAGCAGAACGCUCACGCCUGGUUUCGUCGUUACAUAUGGCGAGACGGGCCUACGCUACUAAGAUAAAAUCUCAUACAUAAAGGGUCAUCUACGAUUUAUGUGUAUGGAUCUACGGCAUGUGCUACUUUCUGGAGCUUCAGAUGGAUCUUAGGAAAACUAUUCACAACGUGUGUACGUUUCCAGCUUUUUGUGGAAACAACUACAAUUGCGUCAGGCUGGUGUGCAUUUAAGCCCUCGCGGUUGCUGCUUGCUUGUUGAAGCCGAAACAGAAACUUCGGUCGUUCAAACUUAUAAACAACCCUAAUCACAGGAAAAAGAAUCUAUUGUAUAAACUUAUAUCUGAAAAUAACAAAAUAAUGCCUGACCUGUCUUUGCCUGGAGGUGUCUCAAUGCUUAUUAAAGGCAAAACACCGACUACCGGACACAUGUGUCUGUAGAUACUAUGCGAAAUACAGUUUAAAUGAAGUAAAUAUUUUAUCCAGACUGACUGACGACAUGUCUCUGCAAACCAAAUACUUUUCUCUAAAAAACCCGUAGUUUUACACUUUGCUUAAGCAUGUGCUCCAGUUGUUUACAACUGACUAAAAGGCACAUUUGCAACUACCGUUCUAAAGAGAGAUGAACAGAUGAAAGAACAUUGGAUGAUAUGCCGCUGCACGUUGUGGAGAUUUAAGUGCGCGUAUCGUCUGGCGGGGUUGGGUCCUCGUGACAGACUGCAUUCUUCAGUGCUCUCCAUAGAAAUAAAUCAAGCGGAGUCAAGUCAGGUGACCUUGCCGGCCACUGUACUGUAGCAUUCCGUCCUGUGCAACGAGUAGGAAACUUUUAAUUCAGUGUUUGCGAUGAACACUCGAAGAGCGAGCUAGGCAGCCGUUGUGUUGGUAUCACACACACUCGCAUAUCCAGUGCUACGUCUUCUAGAAGAAAGGGUAGAAAGCAAGGAAGUGUGAGUAAGUAUUCCCAUUUAACACUUCUAGGAUGAAUUAUGUUCCCGCAAUGGAAUUUCCUAGGAUGCCGCGCCCUACGUUUACUCUCCACGGCCAUUUAUGUACAUCAUCAGGCCAGCGUGGAUUUUCCGCUGCCGAGUAGUUCUUGUUACUUAAAUUUACCGUACCGUUGUUCGUAAAAGUUGCCUUGUCGAUAAAGAGCACACAUUAGAAAAACGUAGAGUCGCCUCCUAGGCGCUGCAGAGCAAACUGACUAAAUUGUACCAGCGGUUGAAAAUACCGCUACAGUUGUAAAGCUCUUUUAUUGUUACACGACCGGUUUCGGGCUCUUAUACGGCCAUCUUCAGGCAUCGUAACUUGGUGCUGUGACCCCCGAGCACCAAGUUACGACACCUGAAGAUUGGCGUAUAAGAGCCCGAAACCGGUCGUGUGAUAAUAAAAGAGCUUCACAGCUGUAGCGGUAUUGUGAACCUCUGACAUAUAAUGCUCAGUUGCGGAUGUUCCUCCAACAGGAUUGUUGGUCUGACUAAAAUCUAAACAACGUUCGAAGUCACUACCUCAGAGUGCCUGAUGUAGUAACAGAUGAUAACGGGGAAUUCGUGUCGAUGCAGGAUAGGAAUGAGACCCUUGUCUGGCUAAUCCCACAUUCCUUGGCAAUACGUCUCCUGCCACCAUGCGUACUGACAAGCGUCGUAGCCAGAGCAGCCUCAUGUGCUAUGUCAGUUGCAAAUCUUCGUCCUCGCCUUCUGACAUGAAAGCUGCCUAUUGGCACUAGUGACCUAAUAAUAGGUGCAAGUACCUGGCACGACGGACAGCGACAAAUAGGGCACACAUCCGCAUACCACCGGACAGUUUCGACACGAUUUCUUUGGUACUCGCCUUACGAAAGAAUGCCUAUCGUCUCAUCAUUGGUGCACAUGUCUGCAUGCAAGGAAUGUUGAAGCAGAAAUGACCUGCCGAUAUACGAGACGGUUCCUGGUAGUUCUGCAGUGCAGACAAUAAGCAGUCGAAAUGGUUUCUACAGCGAUGUAGCGGGGCAUGAGCGUUUCUACAAUUGAAGCCCACGAGAAGGGUAGGCCGCGGCGCGCACCUCGCAGCGCGUGACACUGCAGGUCUUACGAGAGCCAGUAGCCGUCUCCAACUUCGAGCGACUGACUGUUUUAGGCGACUUUAAUAAUUCUUGACUGCGCGUUUAAAUUCACACGAGCUCUCGAUAGCACACGACAAAAUUAAGACCUUUACUGGGUACUUACUCAAUAACAUAUUGAUUCCUUUGGCUCUUGCGCGGAACGAGGCGUUUCGGAUGUGUGGUGGACAAGCCGACUAGUGUGACGUCACAAGUUCGUUGCGAGGCCCGUAUAUCUCGUUGGCCCCGUUUAAAACGCAACAGCCGAUUCCGGCGGACUUGCCUUUCAAAUGGUUCAAAAGGCCCUAAGCACUAUGGGACUUAACAUCUGAGGCCAUCAGUCACCUAGACUUAGAACUACUUAAACCUGACUUAACCUAAGGACAUCACACACAUCUAUGCCCGAGACAGGAUUCGAACCUGCGACCAUAGCAGCAGCGUGGUUCCGGACUGAAGCGCCUAGAACCGCUCGGGCACAGUAGCCGGCCGUACUUGCCUUCUAGUUUAAAAAUAUUUCGUAGAUUCUUUUGUGAAGAGUUAGAUCUCUUCAAGCGCUUUCGAAUGCCACUAAAAAAAAGUAAACAUUCUAUUUAAAAAACUCGUACAUACUUCAGUAUCUUGAUCGCUAGAAGAGUUAAGAAUCUUUAUCGCAUACCAAAGGACGCGCCCUUUGCGUGUUAUCGUCUGCCGAAAAGCUCGUUUCGAUAUCUGAAACCGUUCACGAAACAAAAGGAGUAUCACAUUUUACGUGCUGUUGCUACUGGAACAGCUGAGCAUCGCGACAUUUUGCCUCUCUUCCAUAUGCGACGUUUUAUUGGCCUACUCAUCAUCGGUAAACCUGUCUGUGCUGCAGUGUAAUACUGUUAAGGUACAACUAGCACUGUCGGAAAAGCAAAGCCGAGCAUGACUGGGUACAAACUUGGGUGGAGAAAAGUAAAGGGAACUUUAAUGUUGUUAGGAAAAUGUACCGUGCGUGAGUGGACCAAGUUGCUUUCUAAGCAAGAUGCACAGUGCAUAGAAGCGACAUCUACAUUCUUCUUCUUGUUCCUUACCUUUGUUCGUUUCCUACGGGGUCUGCAUUGUUAUAUGGUGUUAAGGGGAGGGGGGAACAUUCAUAAAAAAUACAAACUAUUUAAAAGAUGUACCAAACCCACAAUUUUGAAGACACGACAAUGAAAUUUUCUACCAUGCUUAACAUGAAAUUAACACAUUUAUUGUUAAGUUCUUUGGAUUCUAUAUAUUAAAC